GAUGGAGAGCUUCUUCCUGGAAAAGUGAUUCUGGCACCCAUGCUGUACACUGAGCUGAUCCGGCUGUGGGACGAAGCUGUCCGAGCUGUUGAUAAUAGAGACUGGGAUGGUGCUCUUGCCAAGCUUAUCCAGAUUUCUGAGCCCACAUCUUGUAUCCUGUUUGUUACAGCUACUGUUCAUCUCGCACUGGGACAAAUUGAUCAAGCCAUUAAGGCAUUAGAUCUGGUCAUUGCCAAAGAUGAGAGACUUGCUGUGGGGUUUUUCCAAAGAGCUGCUGUGCAAACUUUGGCAGGCAGACUGGAGGAAGCACUCAGUGACUGUAUAAGUGCACAGAAGCACAUGAGGACCAACUCUGUCAUUGACUACAAGCAGCUUGGCCUACGCUACAGACUCUACAGCUGGCAGGUACUGUAUAAUGCAGCAGCAGUGCACUGUAGAACAGGACAAUGGGAUAAAGCAGUAGAGAUCUUACAGGCAGCGUUACAGGAGAGAGGAGGACGAUGUGGACAGGUGGAAUCAGCUUUGGCGACUGUAGCAAAGAGGGAAUUGAUCACACCCCUCAUGGUCCCAGAGGGAGUGGUGUUUCGCCCUAGGAAGCAGCAUGUUGAAGAACUGAAGCCCAGAGACUUUCUGGGUAAAGCAGAGGUCAUUAUUUCUGACAUCCCUAACGAUGACUUUGGAGGUUUCGAACCACUUAGGUUGCAGAAACCCGGAUAUUAUGAGCCAAAGGUAGAGGAGGGCCAGGAUUCGCGGUACAUGUGUGUAACAAAGACGUACAUAGGCAAAAAUGCUGGUGAGCUGACUGUCCCAGGUGGUGCAUGGGUAUUCAUGUUCAGUGAUGAUGACAAGAACGGGCUUGCCACAGUUAUAUAUGACGGACAAAGAGGCCUGCUACCAACUUUUCUGCUUGGACCAGCCACAAAGAAGACCAAAGGCAAAAAGAUGAAAGAGAACAUUCCCAGUGGGAUUCCUUUGCCACCCAGCAUAAAGCCACCUACCCGUCCACAGGCUGCUGCUUCUCCCACUCCAGAUUUACCCCCUCUGAAUGGCAGCACAGUAAACAACAGCCCUUCUACACAAUCCAGCAAUGCAGCACAGAGCUUUGCUCCUCAGCCAAAAGAAACUGACUCGGUCGUCGUCAAGGUGCACUAUACUUACACCAUCUCACUGAGUGUCCCACUUGAGACACCGUACAAGGAGCUGCAAAAGAGAAUUGCUCAGAAAUUAGGCCAGCCUGCUGAACUCAUUCGUCUGAGACAUAAGCAGCGUGGUUCCUCAGUCCUGACGCCUCUGGUGGAAAAGGGGGGUCUGCAAGGCCUGGCUGAAGUGGCAGAAUCAGGUCGGGCCACUCUGUGGUGUCAGGCUGAGGAUCCUCUGGCCAACAGAACUAUUAUCUACCAGAUGGUGGCACUAUAUGACUACAUGGCAAAGGGACCUGAGGACCUUGAGUUUAGUGAGGGGGACACCAUUGACGUCCUCAGUGAAGUAAAUGAAGAAUGGCUGGAGGGACACACAGCUGGAAGUAUUGGGAUUUUCCCCAGAUGUUUUGCCUACAGAGACUCGACGGAUAAAGCAGAAAACAAUAAUUCAAGAUCAGUAUAAAACAUUAGUUAGCUAACUGGGACUAGAUUUUUGCAUCUGAUUCUGCAUCUAAUUAUUGUAACAAUUCAUUUAGCAUAAUAUCCAACAUUAUAAUAUGUCAAAUCACAACUGCAAUAUUUUAUUUAAAAUAUUAGUAUAUAUUAUGUUUCUGUUUUCUUUAUGAUCACACAUUUUAAGUAUUGAUGUCAAAAUUGUAUAUUUGACAGAUUUUUUUUAACCUUUUUACAAAAAAUCACAGAAAUAAACUCACUGUGUGAUGUGUGUGUCAGGUCUACAACACCAGCUUUUUGGACAAAAAAAUCUAUACCUUCUGUAACAACUUAUCUUAAAGUUAAAUAUAUUACAAAAUCACAUAACAGUUAUAUUAAAUCAACUCAGCAACAGUUAAAGCAGAUAAGCUGCAAUCAGAUCUAUUCACCUCUUAAAAUGUAUAAUGGUGAUGUGUAUUGAAAUGAAUAUAUACAACAAGAAGUGUAAGAAAACAGAGAAACAAUAUUUACUGAUACAUACAAGCAAUUUUUAUGACAUAAUUUGACAUCAUUUUGAAUUGAAAUGAAGAACAUCUAGCUAAAAAAAGCUGAAAAGCUUCUGUGGAAUCUCUGCCCAUUCUUCUUGUGAGGUUCAACGGCUUUCUUGCUGCUCCAUUUCAUUCUUUAAAUCCCAUCAAAGAUUUUCUGUGAGAUUUAAAUCUGCAGACUGAGAAGGACACUCCAGAAUUUUCCAGGACCGAUUCCUUAACCAAGCUUUGGUUGACUUGAAAGUGUGCUUGAGAUUAUUGUCUUAUUGGAAAGAUUUAAUUUCAUCACAAAAGGCAAAACAUUCCUCCUCAAAAUGCCUUGGCAUUUCUGUGAAUCCUUGAUGCCAGUCACAUGGUCAUGAUUGCCAGUUCCUGCUGCAGGAAAAGCUACCCACAUCAAAGCUGUUCUAAAAAAGCAGGAUUCAUGUAGUAAUAAAGCUUUCAUAUAUAAUGGUUUAAA